AUGCCCCUCGGGAGAGGCAGGAGCCGGGUGAGCGCCCUAGAGCGCGGCGAGGUGGAAGGGGCCCCCGCGGAGGCGGCGUCCGGGCCCACGGCGCGGCCCCAGGCCGAGCGGAUUCUGCUCCGGGGCAUCUUCGAGAUCGGAAGGGGCAGCUGCGACGUGGUGCUGAGCGAGCGCGCCCUGAGCUGGCGCCCCAUUCUGCCCGAGCGCCCCGCAGGUGAUUCCAAAUGUGAGUUGAAGUGCAAAGAAGAAUUUAUUGAGCUGAAGGACAUAUUCUCUGUAAAACUGAAACGGCGUUGUUUUGUUAAGCAGCAGGGAAAUGGUACUUUAUUAGGUAUCACACUUUUCAUCUGCUUGAAAAAGGAGCAAAAUAAAUUGAAGGAUUCUACACUUGAUCUUAUCAAUUUAAGUGAAGACCACUGUGACAUAUGGUUUAGACAGCUGGAAAAAAUUCUGGCAGGUUUUCCAAACAGGCCCAAGUCACUGAAAAUAUUCCUCAACCCCCAGAGCCACAAAAAAGAAGCUGUCCACAUCUAUCAUGAGAAGGUUGAGCCUCUGCUGAAGCUCGCAGGAGUGAGCACGGAUGUAACCAUCACAGAAUAUGAAGGGCAUGCUGUUUCACUGCUUAAGGAAUGUGAACUCCAGGGAUUUGAUGGUGUUGUCUGUGUUGGAGGCGAUGGAUCUGCUAGUGAAGUGGCCCAUGCUUUACUUCUGAGAGCCCAGAAGAGUGCUGGGAUGGAGGCAGACCAUGUCCUGUGUCCUGUCAGAGCACAGCUUCCCCUUGGCUUAAUACCAGCAGGAUCAACUAAUGUUCUGGCUCAUUCUCUUUAUGGGAUCCCUCAUGUGGUAACAGCAACUUUGCACAUUAUCAUGGGACACCUGCAGCCAGUCGAUGUCUGCACGUUUAGCACCUCUGGCAAACUUCUUCGCUUUGGCUUCUCAGCCAUGUUUGGCUUUGGUGGAAGAACUCUGGCUCUAGCAGAAAAGUAUCGAUGGAUGUCUCCUAACCAAAGGAGAGAUUUUGCUGUGAUUAAGGCACUGACAACACUUAAGCCAGAGGAUUGUACAAUAUCAUUUUUACCACUUAACAACUCUCAGGAUGAACUCCAGAGACAAGGCUCUCCCAAGUCUGGCUGCAGUGACCACUGGCAAAUGCUACAGGGUCAGUUCCUGAAUGUCAGCAUCAUGGCAAUCCCUUGUCUUUGUUCUGUGGCACCUAGAGGUUUGGCACCUAACACUAGAUUAAAUAAUGGAAGCAUGGCUCUUAUAAUUGCACGAAACACUACUCGGCCAGAAUUUAUAAAACACCUGAAACGAUAUGCCAGUGUAAAAAAUCAGUUCAGUUUUCCAUUUGUGGAGACAUAUACUGUUGAAGAAGUAAAGGUUUGCCCAAGGACUAAUACCAGUGGAUACAAUGAAUCAGAACCUGCUUCAGAAACCAGUCUCCCUUGGAAUAUAGAUGGUGAUUUAAUGGAAGUUGCAUCAGAAGUUCAUGUGAGAUUACACCCAGGGCUUAUCAGUCUUUAUGGAGGAAGCCUAGAAGAAAUGAAUGAUUGCAACGUAACAUGUAAUUGUUUAUAAAAAAAACUAACUAGAAUUUUAAUA